CUUCAGGUCAUCCGAAAGUCCGCGAGCAUCCUCCGACAGACAGACACCGAGCACCGGAGAGACAGACCGGGACCCGCGAGACCACCGGGACUCAGAGACUCAGAGACUCAAGAGACACCGAGCGGCGCGUGAGGGUCGGUGAGCGCGUGCAGAGGCGGUGAAUCAACAGGACGAGAUCAACAAUGUCACCGGGGAUUAAUGCCGUUAACAUGUGAGAGAAAAACAGCAUCCCCCCCCUCAGAAUCCGGUGAGGGAACUCAACAUCGUGACCGGAGAUUUCCCCGCAGUUUAACAUCUGAUUCAUUCGUUCAUUCAUUACUAAAAAGCACCCUGAGAGCCGCGGGCUGAACCGGGAGGAUGACCGGGAUCUGAAGCUCAGAGGAGGAUCAACAGGAGACUGAACACCGGGAUCUGAUCCGGUACCGGACCCAGAGAGGACAUGGAGCUGCACGGCCUCCUGCUGGCGCUGCUGCAGCUGCUCUCGGUGGCCAGGGGGGGCUGCGAGCCUCGACAGGUGAACCUGGGAGCCGUUCUGAGUCAGAAGAGAUACGAGCAGGUGUUCAAAGAGGCUGUGAGCGCCGCCAACCUGCUGUACGGGAAGGACAAGUUCAGGAUGAACGCCAUCUCCGUCACUCACAAGCCCAACGCCAUCCAGAUGGCCCUGUCCGUGUGCGAAGACCUCAUCUCCAACCAGGUGUAUGCUAUCCUGGUCUCUCACCCCCCUCAGUCUAACGACCACCUGACUCCCACUCCGGUCUCCUACACUGCCGGGUUCUACCGGAUCCCGGUGGUCGGCCUCACCACCCGGAUGUCCAUCUACUCCGACAAGAGCAUCCACCUGUCCUUCCUCCGCACCGUGCCUCCCUUCUCCCACCAGGCUCAGGUGUGGUUCGACCUGAUGAGGGAGUUCAGGUGGAAUCACAUCAUCCUCAUCGUGAGCGACGACCACGAGGGCCGCGCCGCUCAGAAGAGACUGGAGACACUGCUGGAGGAGCGCGAGACCAAGAAUAAAAAAAGGAACUAUGAAAACGACCAUCAGAACUAUGACUUCCGGAGAACGCCCAAGGCGGAGAAGGUGCUGUCCUUCAGCCCGGAGACGAACCUGACGGCUCUGCUGCUGGAGGCCAGAGACCUGGAGGCUCGAGUCAUCAUCCUCUCUGCCAGUGAGGACGAGGCAGCCGCCGUGUACAAAGCGGCGCGGCAGCUGAACAUGACGGGAUCAGGAUACGUUUGGCUGGUCGGAGAGAGAGAGAUGACCGGGAAGGCUCUGAGCGAGGCUCCUGACGGCCUGCUGGGCCUCCAGCUGAUAAACGGUAAGAACGAGUCGGCUCACAUCGCGGAUGCGGUGGCGGUCGUGGCUCAGUCGCUGCAGGAGCUGUUUGAGAAGGAGAACAUCACGGAGCCUCCAAGGGGCUGCGUGGGAAACACCAACAUCUGGAGGACCGGGCCGCUCUUCAAACGAGUGCUGAUGUCAUCAAAGUAUCCCGACGGUCUGACGGGACGCAUCGAGUUUAACGACGACGGCGACCGGCGCUUCGCGACCUACAGCAUCAUGAACUACCAGCAGAAACAAGGGCGCGUCGUCCAGGUCGGGGUCUUCAACGGGUCACAGGUGGUGAUGAACCCUCAGAGGAAAAUCAUCUGGCCCGGAGGAGAGACGGAGAAACCAGUUGGAUAUCAGAUGUCGACUAAACUGAAGAUCGUGACCAUCCACCAGGAGCCCUUUGUUUACGUGAAACCUACGAAGACUGACGGGACGUGUAAAGAGGAGUUCACGCUCAACGGAGUCCUGAUCAAGAAGGUGAUCUGCACCGGGCCCAACGGGACACUCCCAGGUCAGCCCAUCGUCCCUCAGUGUUGCUAUGGUUUCUGUGUCGACCUGCUCAUCAAGCUGGCGAUGAGCAUGAACUUCACCUACGAGGUUCACCUCGUGGCUGAUGGGAAGUUCGGCACGCAGGAGCGCGUGAACAACAGCAAUAAGAAGGAGUGGAACGGCAUGAUGGGGGAGCUGCUGGGGGGGCUGGCCGAUAUGAUCGUGGCCCCCCUGACCAUCAACAACGAGAGAGCCCAAUACAUCGAGUUCUCCAAACCCUUCAAGUACCAGGGUCUCACCAUCCUCGUUAAGAAGGAGAUCCCACGGAGCACUCUGGACUCCUUCAUGCAGCCGUUCCAGAGCACACUGUGGCUGUUAGUCGGUCUGUCGGUCCACGUGGUGGCAGUGAUGCUUUACCUAUUAGACCGGUUCAGCCCGUUUGGAAGGUUUAAAGUGAACAGUGAAGAAGAAGAAGAAGACGCCCUCACCCUGUCCUCCGCCAUGUGGUUCUCAUGGGGAGUGCUGUUGAACUCUGGGAUAGGAGAAGGAGCUCCCAGGAGUUUCUCAGCGAGGAUUCUGGGUAUGGUGUGGGCAGGAUUCGCUAUGAUCAUCGUAGCAUCAUAUACUGCCAACCUGGCAGCCUUCCUUGUGUUGGACCGGCCUGAGGAGCGCAUCACUGGCAUCAACGACCCCAGGCUGCGUAACCCGUCGGAUAAGUUCAUCUACGCCACAGUGAAGCAGAGCUCGGUGGAUAUCUACUUCAGACGGCAGGUGGAGCUGAGCACCAUGUACCGCCACAUGGAGAAGCACAACUAUGAGAGCGCCGCAGAGGCCAUCGUGGCCGUCAGAGACAACAAGCUUCAUGCCUUCAUCUGGGACAGCGCUGUGUUAGAGUUCGAGGCGUCGCAGAAGUGCGAUCUGGUGACGACAGGAGAGCUCUUCUUCCGCUCCGGAUUCGGGAUCGGAAUGAGGAAAGACAGUCCCUGGAAACAGAACGUUUCUCUGGCUAUUCUCAGCUCUCAUGAGAACGGCUUCAUGGAGGAUCUGGACAAGACGUGGGUCCGAUACCAGGAGUGUGACUCCAGGAGCAACGCCCCCGCUACCCUCACAUUCGAGAACAUGGCAGGUGUGUUCAUGCUGGUUGCCGGGGGCAUCGUCGCCGGGAUCUUCCUCAUCUUCAUCGAGAUCGCGUACAAACGACACAAAGACGCUCGCAGGAAACAGAUGCAGCUCGCCUUCGCUGCCGUCAACGUCUGGAGGAAGAACUUACAGGAUAGGAAAAGUAGAGCAGAGGCCGAGUCCCAAACCUCUUUUAGGUCCAUCACUGCGACCUCCGACCUCAAACGCCGUGUUGCCUCCGGGGACGCCACGCCGUACCCGACUGACAUCACCGGCCAGCUCAACCUAUCGGAUCCCUCCGUCAGCACCGUGGUCUGAGAGAGGACACACACACACACACACACACACACACACACACAAACCCAUACACACACAGAAAGACAGACUGAGCAUCCUCUGAGACAGGAAGUAGAGAACGAUAGCAUCAGGACUUUUGGACACACACACACACACACACACACACACACACACACACCAUCUGUCAUCCCAAACACACACAAACUCGCCUUUUCUCCGCUUGUAGCCGUCAGCCGUCCUCCAACCAGAGGAUGUCUUUUAUUUUGAAAGAACAGUUUUUCCAAUGGCUUUUAUUUUGGUAGAUUUAUUGGAUGUUGUCCAGUUUCCUGUGCGUCACAUCGAUCCUCCCGAUUCCUUUUUAUUUUUUUAUUAUUCCUGCCGGUACCUCGAGCUCCUGAGCGUCCAGCGCCUCUCUCUCACCUGCCGAUCGAUCGGGGUCCCGAUCCCGGUCAGUGGGUUAUUGAUCGACCCGGGGGCAACCGGUGGGCCACGCCUCUGGGACAGGAAGUAGUUUCUCUGACCUGCAGCAUUGAACCAAACCCCGAGGAUCAUGGGUAGCGUAGUCUUUAAACUGAGGGCCGUGAACAACUGAUCACAAUAUGGAUUGGAGUGGAAUUUCAAAAUAAGACGCAGGUGAAUAGGGUGAAAUAUGAACUAGAUAUCGCCCUGAAACGUCCCCUCUGCAUUCCCAACGUUAACUAAAUCACUUUCUAUUUCACAAGCUUUCUCCCGCUUGCCCCCCCCCCCCCCUUUUUAAAACCCCUAUUUAGCAUUUAAAUAAUUAUAAAAUAAUAAAUAGUUUAUAACACACUCUUUCCGCAGAUAUCAGCGCAUUUUUAUUGUUAACUAUAUCAAGAAAAAAAAAAGAUUCUUCUUCACUUUAAUGACAAGUUAUAAUUAUUGUCAAAUCCACUGAUAAUAAAUGCUGUUAAGUCCUUUUAUCUGUUGUGUUAUAAACAAUUUAUUAAGUGUUAUAUUGCUUAUUAAUGCUAACGUUUACUACAUUAUAAUUAUCAAUAUUUAAGGAAAAGUUGUAAAUAUUUGCUUAUUUUAAUUUAUAUGAAAUUCACAGAAGAACUUAUUAUUUAUGAUUUAAUGAGAAACACGUUUUUUACUAAAAAUCAGAACCGAAAACACGAAUAUAAAAAUAUAUAAAGUGUGAAAUCAGUAACACUUAUUUAUAUAUCCUUCAUACUUCUUAUUACUUUUAUUUUGAAAUGUUGAACCUUUUAUUUUGAAAAUUUUAAUUUAUUAUUAUUGUAGAUGUUAUUGUUUUAUUUGUUAUGAUACCACUGCCAGGAAUCUUUCAUUUAAUGUAAUAGUUAUUAUGAGAAUACUCCCUGAACCAGAAGCCCGGCCCACCGCCCCCUGACCGCCCCAGGGCAUGAUGGGAAAUGUAGUCAUUGCUCCGCCUCCACUGACGUCCAGUGAAAACCUCCUGACUCCUCCGGAGAUAAGGGGGUUUUGAGAAGUGCAGCUGGCGUCUCUUUAAAUAAAGUGUGUAGAGAUAUUAAAAAAGGUUGUGUGUGAAAUAGAAGUACACCUGUUGAUGAAGACACCCGAGCAUCACUGAGAACAAGAACCCUUUCACCAUCUUUACUUCCUGUCUGUGAAAGCCUGCAGAGCUCUGAGCGUCCUGCUGAUGCUCUUAGUGUUAGCAUCAUGACGUCUUAAGUUAGAAUGGGAGAAAGAAACGCUCAAUACUUUCAAGAAAUAUCCCAAAAGCUUGUCAUCAACUGAAGCUCAGCGAACGCUAACAAGCUAGCUGUUUGUUUUCCAUUUCUGAAGGACAGUUUUGUUGUAGGAGAAACACCAAUGCUAAGAUAGCAGCUAACACUAAUAAGCAAGCUAAAGUAAAUCAGGAAAUCCAGAUCCAGUUGUAUUUUCUAUGAUUAAACCUCAGCUAAUGCUAAUGCUACUCUACCAGCUAAAGCUAUCUGUAGUCCUUCAGCUGGACUACAGAUUACAGUGUUUCUAAACAUGUCAAAGAUUAAAGCUAAAUUAAAAUAAAACCACAUUAAUAAUAUGUAUAUUUCCUAUAAUUGAGCACAGGCUAGCGUCUGUGUUCAAACUGUACUGUAAUGCCAAUGUAGCUCAUGAUGCUAGCUAGCUUGCCGUUACCUGUCCAUGAGGGUUAAGCUAAUGCCAAUGUAGCUCAUGAUGCUAGCUAGCUUGCCGUUACCUGUCCAUGAGGGUUAAGCUAAUGCCAAUGUAGCUCAUGAUGCUAGCUAGCUUGCCGUUACCUGUCCAUGAGGGUUAAGCUAAUGCCAAUGUAGCUCAUGAUGCUAGCUAGCUUGCCGUUACCUGUCCAUGAGGGUUAAGCUAAUGCCAAUGUAGCUCAUGAUGCUAGCUAGCUUGCAGUUACCUGUCCAUGAGGGUUAAGCUAUCUCUUAGGAUUUCUUUUUCUUUUUCAAAAAUUGUAAUACUAUAUUCAUUUUUGAAUGAUUUUUACAUGCAUUAUAUUAUUAACGGUAUAUAUAAUAAUAUUAAUAAUAAUAACUGUGAUAUUUAUUGUGGCAUGGUUCACUUUCAUUUCCUGUUGACUUCACAAUAAGAGCACCGACAGAAAAACUGUUAAAUAGAGCGUUUUCUUUGGAGUUUCAUUAAUAAAUACUAAACAAAAACAGUGAUGACAAAGCGAAACCAGUUGUUGUGAAAAUGAGAAGAUAUUGAAAUUACUUUAAGCUGAACUGAAGGAACCGUGUGUCCUGAAGUCUGCAGGAGGAUCUCUGAGGAACUAACAUGUAAUGUGUGCUUCGAAUCACACAGAGAAUUAUUAGUAUUUAAUAUAUAUAUACAGUAUAUAGUGUUUUAUCUGUUCUCAGUGACGUUCAGCUCUACUGACGCUGAGGCAUUACAGUAUGAACAGAGGUGGAGGAAGUACUCAGAUCUGGUACUUUAGGGACAGUAAAAGUAGUCGUUGUGCAGAUUGGUCCAUUUCA